GAAUGAGCCCCAACCCAGACUCAGUCAACAAGCCCAGUUCCACAGCAUCAAGACUACCUGGACAAGGGAGUUAUUCGUGCCCUCAAUGUGAGAAGAGUUUCAGUUCCUCAACUAUUCUAAAGAAUCAUCAAAGAGUACACACUGGAGAAAAACCUUUCCACUGCUCGGCAUGUGGGAAGAGUUUCAGUGAGAAAGUAAACCUUAAGAGACACGAGAGAGUACAUAGUGGAGAGAAGCCUUACCACUGCACCCAAUGUGGGAAGAGCUUCAAUCAUUCUGGAAGCCUUAAGGAACACCAGAGAAUACAUACAGGGGAGAAGCCUUACCACUGCGCUCUUUGUAGAAAGCAUUUCAGUCAGCCAGGAAGCCUUAAGAAACACCAGAGAAUUCAUACAGGGGAGAAACCUUACCACUGCUCACAGUGUGGAAAGAAUUUUCGUUUCGCAGGAGACCUAAAGAGUCACCAGAGAUCACACAGUGGAGAGAAGCCUUACCACUGUUCUCAGUGUGGCGAGGGAUUCACUCAGCUCAGGCGUCUUAAACGUCAUCAGAGGAUACACAUUGGAGGGAAGCCUGUCUGUGUUUUAAAUGUGAUUGUCAAAGAGGAGGAGGUUGAGAGGGAAAUCAAAGAGGAGGAAAAGCGAGAAGUUGAGGAAGAGGAGGACAAUAGUGGUAUUGUUGACCCAGAUACAUCAACAUUACCUGGUUGUAGUCUUUACCCCUGCCAUCAAUGUGGGAAGAGUUUCCGUUCCUCAAGUAAUCUACAGAAUCAUCAAAAAGUACACACUGGAGAAAAGCCUUACCACUGCUCUGAGUGUGGGGAGGGAUUCACUCAGCUACUACGUCUUAAAAGUCAUCAGAUAAUACACAAUGGAGGGAAGCCUGUUUGUGAGUUAAAUGUGAUUGUCAAAGAGGAGGAGGUUGAGAGGGAAAUCAAAGAUGAGGAAAAGCGAGAAGUUGAGGAAGAGGAGGACAAUAGUAGUGUAGUUGACCCAGAUACACCAAGACUGCCUGAUCGUGGUCGUUACCCAUGUCAUCAAUGUGGGAAGAGUUUCCGUUCCUCAAGUAAUCUAAAGAAUCAUCAAAGAGUACACACAGGAGAGAAACCUUACCACUGCUCCCAAUGUGGGAGGGGUUUCAGUGAGAAGGUAAAUCUUAAGAGACAUGGCAAAGUACAUAGUGGAAAGAAGCCUUAUCACUGCACCCAAUGUGAGAAGAGCUUUAAUUAUUCAGGAAGCCUUAAGGAACACCAGAGAAUACAUACAGGGGAGAAGCCUUACCACUGCUCUCUAUGUGGUAAGAGUUUCAGUCAGCCAGGAAACCUUAAGAAACAUCAGAGAAUACAUACAGGGGAGAAGCCUUACCACUGCUCUCUUUGCGGUAAGAGUUUCAGUCAGCCAGGAAACCUUAAGAAACAUCAGAGAGUACAUACAGGCGAGAAGCUUUACCACUGCUCUCAUUGUGGGGGGGGGUUCACUCAGCUAAGAAGUCUUAAAAGUCAUGAGAAAAUACACAUUGGAGGGAAGCCUGCCUGUGCUUUCAAUGUGAUUAUCAAGGAGGAGGAGGAGGAGGAAGAAAAGAAAGAAGUUGAGGGAGAGGAGAGUGACGUGAAAUAAAGGUGAAGUGAGAAUACAUAUAGUUAUUGAAAUUCACACCUAUCCUUGCAAUUGCAUCUUCUGUGACGGCAUGGUCAUGGGCAGCACCAUUUGAGUUUUAAAAAUCAGUAAGGGUUUUCCUGCACAACUGUAAAAUCAGACUGUAGCCUUGUCACAGCCAGGUCAGCAGUCGGGGUAAUUCCGUAACGUAAUAGUAUCAUCCGUAUUUAGAUGAGAUCGAGACAAGAUCGUUAACAACUAUAUUGGUUGCUGUAAUAAUGCUAUUCCCAGGCUUAAAGCCUGAUUGGUUUACGUUAACAAUACAUGUCUCAUUGUAAACCAGGUUGCCAGUCCGGGCCUAAGCCUGUGUUCCUGGCCUUGACCCAAGCAUCAUUUAUUUAAUGAAUUAUUUCUGAACAGGAUACCACCUCCUAAUGUGCUACAGUGUGUACAGUCUGAACAAGAUACCUCCUCCUAAUGUACUGCAGUGUGUACAGUCUGAACAGGUACAAAACCAAGGUUGGUGAUUUACUGCUACCUGCAGUUAUGGAAUGUUAUCUCAGGACUAUAAAUUCAUUGGUUGACUCCUCCUCCUGACCUCCUCCUGACCUGGAUGGAAUUAUACGACCUGGAUAUAGUGCACUACAUUUGACCAUGAUUUUUGGAAUGAGAUGUUGGACGAGCAGGUGUCACACUACAUCGGUUGCCACUACAAACGUAUCUUCCUUUAUCUACUACCAAACAUAGAAACGCUCCAUUUUCACAUCUGCUGAUAUUGGGUUGGUGCUUGAGGUUAUGAAUAUGUAGUAGAAUGUUUUUGAAAUGUCCCUUUAAAAGGUACGUAUGCCCAUGUACACGACUAACAUUUAAAUGUAAAACAGUUGACAGUAGCAUAAUCUAUAUUUGACUUGAGCUGAAUACUGGGGCUGAGUCUACAUAUUGUACAUACUGGGGCUGAGUCUACAUAUAGUAUAUACUGGGGCUGUGUCUUUAUAUAGUACAUACUGGGGCUGAGUCUACAUAUAGUAUAUACUGGGGCUGAGUCUAUAUGUAGUAUAUACUGGGGGUUGAGUCUAUAUAUAGUAUAUACUGGGGGCUGAGUCUAUAUAUAUUAUAUACUGGGGCUGAGUCGAUAUAGUAUAUACUGGGGGCUGAAUGUCCCAAAUGGCGCGCUAUUCACCCUGUAGUGCACUACUUUCGACUAUGGGCCCUAUUCUGUAGUGCACUACAUUUGACUAUGGGCCCUAUUCUGUAGUGCACUACUUUUGACUAUGGGCCCUAUUCUGUAGUGCACUGCAUUUGACCAUGGGCCCAAUUCAGUUGUGGAUAUUUUUUUAUACCUGAUUAAACUCAGUAGAAGGGCUGGUUUGUAUUGACAUAAAAUGUAUUGUUAUGUCAUGAUGGAACCGGUGUUCCUUUCAGGGUUUGGAACCUGAAAGUAUUUUCCAAUUAUUUUGUUCUGAACAGAACUGUUAUUGUUUUUUUGUUCCAUUCCAGCAAAGUAAAGUUCUGAAACAUGA